AUGUCAAAAUUGCAUUUGAAUUGCGCAAACUGCAAACCGGAGGAAAAACAAAGCAAGCAACCUGAAACAACUCCAUGUAAGCAUUGUCCGAUAGAACCAGACCUGGAAACAGCCCGAACGUGUAAAUGUGAAGCAACUGCGCGCGCCCUAAGCGAUGAUGUGCCCAGGUUUCUGGGUUUGAAAAACAUACGCGAUACAGUGCUGAGAGACCAGGAAAACGAAAUUGUGCUCAGUCCAAGCGUGCUUAAACAGCGCAAAGACUCGAAGAAGACCAAAGACCUCAAGGAGACGAAAGAGCUCAAAAACCCCAAAGAGCCCAAAGCUCCUAAAGAGCCCAAAGACCCCAAAUUCUGCAAACAUCCAUAA